CCCCACCCGGUCGACCAAUUGUGCGCGUCUGGAUCGCUCGGGGAUCCCAAGAGUUAUCAGAGGUUAUCCGCCGGCCGAUAUGAAUUAUCGCCGGGACCGCGCCGGUCGGCGUACCGUCGCUCGCGCGAGUCCAGUUAGUCGCUUGCGAGCCGCUCGAAGGCUUCCCCGAGUUGUUCGUUCCGAGUCGAGCGAUCGGCCGCGAUAAAGGAGGACUUUUUCCCGUCUCAUAGAAGAAACUAACCGGAGAGUGGACGGGAAUUAAGGCGGUCGGAAAGAGGAGAGCGAGAGAGAGAGAGAAAGUGAGUCGAGGACGCGCCGCCUAUUGCGGAGUCGACGCGGCGACUCCGUGAAUAAUCCGGAAAUUUUCCUUUGAAAAGAAAAAAAGGAAAAAGAAAGAAAGAAAAAGAAAACCACGGAGAGAGAAAAGCCCAAAUAGGUCGUUUCGAGUCCAGCGAUGUACCGCGACAACGGAAAGGGUUUUUCGUAGUUCAUCGCAGAGGCGACCGGACAGAGUGGACGCGGACUAAGGCUGUCGGAAAAUGGAAAGCUAGAGAGAAAGUGAGUCGAGGACGUGCCGACCACUUCGGCGUCCACGCGGCGACUCCGUGAUUUCCCGAAGGGACGCGAUUUUUCCUCAAAAAAGGGGGGGAAGGAAAACUAGAGAGAGGUACCAUCGAACGUCAAGGUGGAACUCCUGGGAGGGGGAAAGAGUCAAUGUCCAAAGUCGAGGGAUUUGAAAUCGCGAUCCGUUAAUCGGGGCCCGAUAUCGAAAAGGAGAGCGAGUUACGUGACGACCUCCACGUUGAUAUCCUGUAUUGGAAAACCGGCGCGUCCAAGAUGGCGGCGCCCUGUCUGCCGAGGAGCUCGGAGUGAGGCCUGGGGUCAUAGUUCAAGACCGAAGACUUUGAGACCGCGGCUAGAUCGCGAAAAGCUUGUAUUAAGUCGUUCGUCGAAGAUGGACCGCGAACUGGCCAAGAUGGCUGCGACUCGGACGCGGAGGAACGCGUAAAGUGCGAGACGGAGUCGAAAGUCGAAGGCCCGAAUCACUCGUCGAUCGGACGGGACCCGAGCGCCUGGAGAAUUGUUAAGCAGUUCCCGACGUCGCUUUAGCCACGCCGCCGGGUACGCGGUGAAGUCACCGACCCAAACGCAGAACGAUCGCCUCGUAAUUCAAGCCACGGCGUUAAACGGACGGGGACGAGGUGGACGAAAUCCCGGAGGAAAGUAAAAACGGAGCUGCCGGCACGCAGGGAAGGAUUCAAUAAGAGGACCGAUAACGAUACGCCUUGAGCCCGCUAUUGGCCGGAGAUAUGAAAAAAGCGACGAGGAGCCGUAGAAAGUCGACGGAGAAGAGAUAUUCUCGCUAAUUCGUAUAUCAGGAACGGCGCCUCCCCUUUCGUCGUCGCUCUUUUCCUCGUCCGGAGGAGAUACGGGAUAAACGUCUCGAAGGAGUCGACUGAGUAUCGUUCCCAUUCGUUUUCUGCUCUUUUUCCUUUCCAGGGAAACCACGACGGAAGGAUCGAGCGAGGGUUUUAUCAUCCCGGACGCGGCGAGACGGUGAUCGGCGUUUAUCGAAGGCGUCCCGAAAGGAGAAUGACGGUGGGCUGAAAAAGGACGGAAACGCUUACCGAGGCCCGAGGAGAUAAUUCCUCCGCGAGGGAGAUAGCAAGAGUGUCCGGCCCUUCUCUUCGAAGGAAACGAAGAAAGCGGAGAGGAGAAAUUCCCCCCGUCGAGGAUAAGAGGAGAUAAGGGAAAGAGGAGCCAGGGGACGAGGAGUCGGGAUCGAUGGAGAUUGAUUUUCCAUACCUCUGAGAGACCAUCGCGCGGUAUCAUGAUUUGGAUGAGCAUAAGGGAGGUGAUAUUCUUCGCGCUCCUUGUAGUGUCCUGGAUCACUGGGAUGUCCAUCUGGUUCUUCGAGAAGUACGUCUACGGGGUCUUCGUCAACAGGAGGAAGGACAGGAGGGAGCGAGUGGAGGACGUCUCGAUUUUCGUGCCGCAGUUUCAUCUGAACGAACACUAGAUCCUGAAUCUUACCUAGGGACGAUUCCUCUUUGGAACUGCGCACGACGUGCGAUAUUUAAAAAUAUUAGGAUAUUAAUUUCGAGCAAUAGUCGAGAUUCAAGGUGGGGACGUUCCUUCCUCGUCGAAGAGUUCUAGUCCGACGAAAGGCAUUCCGUUGACCCAUAUUCGAGCCCCAAGGAGUCUAUCGAGGCUCAGACCUCGUAAUAGGAUUCGCAAUAAUUCGAUUAACGGGCAACCGGACACGCGAUUCCGGAACGGAUUGCAGUUCGUCGGAAGCUACGAUCUGCAGCAAUUUGACCUGUGAAGCGGCGCGACGACCCUCCUCGUUGGUCGAAGAGCCUCAGGAUGGUCUGGGACGACCACCUCUCGGUGAAAGAGGUGACCGAGAUCAAGAAGAAGACCCCAAGGUUCCCUUCCAGGGAGAGGAACUUCGCGAUGAGGCGCAGGGGCCCCAGAAGAGCGGCGUCCAUUUGCGCCGAGGACGCCUCACCUGCACCGGACACGGCUGCACCUGCUGCACCUGCACCGCACCAACUCGGGGGUGUCCGCGAAGAGUGUGGACACUACUUCGCGACCGGGCCACCUCCGGACCACGACGAGAAGAAUUGCACGAGCUGCAAGUGCCCGAAGGAGGCCCAUGACGUGUGCCAUGAAGAGUGGGUGUCGGUCAGGGCUCGGCUGGGACUGAAAGGAGACGAAGCUUGCGGAUCGGCGACGGGAUUCGACCCCAGAGACCAUGGGUUGGCAUGGGCACCUCCUGGUCUACCACCCCAUAAGGUGGAGGAGUACUUCAAGAUGCUGCCGGAGAUCUCGGUGCCGAGACUCGGAACUCCUGGAGAGCGUCACAGAGAUCGGCAACUGGCCACCCAGCUGCCGAAACAAGACCUGGCGACUGCAUACUGUCGUCAUCUGGAUCCUGAACGCACAGCCAGUGCCGACGACUUCAUGGCAGCCAGGAACGAGAUCGCCCUGGACAUCGGAACCGUCCAGGAGGUUCUCGAGAGAGGCGCCGACUGCGGAACGUGCCAUGAACCCCUUAAAUACGGAAGCCUCGCCAUCUACGCGAGCAAACUCGGCCUCCUCUACCAUCCCGCGUGCUUUCAGUGCACCCAGUGCAGGGAACUCCUGGUGGACCUCGCGUAUUGCGUCCUCGAGGAUGCUCUUUAUUGCGAGAGACACUAUGCCGAGCAACUUAAGCCGAGAUGCGCGGCUUGCGACGAGUUGAUUUUCAGUGGGGAAUACGCAAGGACGAUGAACAAGGACUGGCACAGCGGCCACUUCUGUUGCUGGCAGUGCGACGAGUCCUUGACCGGUCAGCGAUACGUCCUCCGAGACGAACAUCCUUACUGCAUCAAGUGCUACGAGAGCGUGUUCGCGAACGGCUGCGAGGAGUGCAACAAAAUCAUUGGUAUCGAUUCCAAGGAUCUCUCGUACAAGGAUAAGCACUGGCACGAGGCCUGCUUCCUGUGCAACAAGUGUCGCGUGUCGCUGGUGGACAAACAGUUUGGCAGCAAAGUCGACAAGAUCUACUGCGGCAAUUGCUACGACGCUCAAUUUGCAAGCCGUUGCGAUGGAUGCGGCGAGAUCUUCCGUGCCGGCACGAAGAAGAUGGAGUACAAGACAAGGCAGUGGCACGAGAAGUGCUUCUGCUGCGUCGUUUGCAAGAACCCAAUCGGCACGAAGAGCUUCAUCCCGCGCGAACAGGAGAUCUACUGUGCAGGAUGCUACGAGGACAAGUUUGCAACUCGAUGCGUUAAGUGCAACAAGAUUAUCACCAGCGGCGGCGUGACAUACAAGAACGAGCCCUGGCACAGAGACUGCUUCACUUGCAGCAACUGCAAUAACUCCCUGGCUGGGCAGCGAUUUACUUCUCGCGAUGACAAGCCGUACUGCGCCGAGUGCUUCGGCGAGCUUUUCGCAAAGAGAUGCACCGCUUGCUCCAAACCGAUCACUGGAAUCGGCGGAACGCGUUUCAUCUCCUUCGAGGACCGACAUUGGCACAACGACUGUUUCAUCUGCGCCGGGUGCAAGACAUCCCUGGUUGGACAUGGCUUCAUCACUGAUGGGGACGACAUCAUCUGUCCGGAAUGCGCCAAGCAGAAGCUUCUCUAAACAUCACGAAACGUUACGAACGGAAGGUCGCGUGGGUGUCGAGACUUCCGACCGGUGGAUUGGAGCGAAAUCGAGUGUAGGAGUGGAAAAGGGCAUCAUAAACCGCAUCUAUUUUCUUUUUUUUUUUUUCUAAUUUAUCGGUCGGAUCUCUCGCAGUGGAUGGGACGCGGGCGUCUACGUAGAACGUAAGAGACGCAGAACUUCCUAGCUCCGUAGAGACGAGGACGUCCGGAGCGGCCGAGCCUCUGAGAUCCUUUCCCGAUCGCUUUCCCCGAAUCUCCACUCACUAGUCGAGAUAUCGAGCGUGACAAGUUUCCGGAAAACGGUCGGAGAAUCUCGAGGAAAUAGUCGCCUUUCCAGACGAUCUCGUCGAGCGCGAACUCUGGCGCACCGGGCGCCGUCGGUUGCCUUGAAACACGAGUCGAAGGAUUAUUAUAAUCGAUAAAUCAAAUCGCCUUAAUCCACGUACGAAUUUUAAUGUUCAAUCGAAGCAGGAGGAAGCAAUAUACUAUCGUAAUGUUAUUAAUGUUAUUGUUUUGCUUUGUACAUGGUAGAGAAAUCGAGAUAAAAAGAGGGAUCGCAGAGCUUGGCGCGAGGCAACGCGCGAGACGAGAGUCCUAUCGUUACGCAUACGAAAUUCGAGAGGGAGAGAGAGAGAGAGAGAAAGCGAGAAAGAGAGAGAAGAAAAAGAGAGAGAAUAUAUAUAUAUAUACAUAUAUACAUAGUAAUUUUAUUUUUAUUUAACUCCGUCUCUCUCAGCCUACCCGUCGAUCUCUCUCACCGCCUGUCACUCUACACGUGUUUUGGUUUCACACUCUGUACAGAAUCACUUAAUUGUACACGAGGUGUACCGUCUCGCGAUAUAUCGUACACCGACAUAUCACACGAUUACACUUGUACACGGGUUUCGCUCGGAGGGGAUCGAAGAACCGAUCGUUUUCUCUUUCUUGAAAUCGUUGAGCGAGGCUUUUGCUUCUCGGACGAGAAGAAUAGUCGGAUACGAGAGAAGACGCCGAGACCUUAACACGCACACGACAUGCACACGUAACACGCUACACUUAUCACGGAACACCAAACGAUUGUGGCCUUAUGCACAGGGAUACACGGGGUAACGCUAAUAACGUAUCAUGCGAAUUAAUGUAGGGUCUUCAUGCGAGCAUGGAUUUACUGUACCGCGAGAGCGACUAGGCGUAACACCAAACGAACAAACAACGUAGAACAAGAGUCUUAUAACGCGAACAAACGAAAUAUGUCGACGACCAACAAGAUCGUACCCGCUAUAUAUUCUUUAUGAACACUUACAUACUAAUCGUCUUAAUUAGUAACUGACAUAAAAAGAGGAAAUUAUUCUGUACUCAGUGUAUCAUAUUACUACACUGUAAAAUUGAUAAGUGAAUAAAUGUACUUAUUUACAAUAA